GACGUCACCUUUGCCUAACAGACGCUCAAUGGACCCUGGUUUGGUUGCUUUGGGACACAAUUCACUGCAACACAGCUCGGUUUAUCAUAGCAAAUAUCAUAUUACUGGCAGAAAAAAUAAAUACCAGUGACGAAAAAUUACAAUACAUUAUAGCUACUAAAAUGAAGCAGGCGCUAAUAGUUGAUGACACAGAGGAUGUAUCUCUCGAUUUCGGAGCUGAGGAAGAAGAGCGAGCGUUAAGAAAAACAAACAUAAGACACCCCUUGGCUGCCUUUUUCCACCUCUUUUUCCGAAUAAGUGCGAUUGUCACCUACCUCUUCUGCGACUGGUUCAGCACGAGCUUUGUGGGCUGCUUCGUGACCAUCAUCGUGCUGCUGUCCUGCGACUUCUGGUCAGUCAAAAAUGUGACUGGCAGGCUGCUGGUGGGUCUGCGGUGGUUUAAUCAGAUAGACGAGGAUGGAAGAAGCCAAUGGGUGUUUGAAGCAAAGAAGCCUUCCCCUCACAGCAGACUCUCCACAACAGAAGUGGAGGCCCGGAUAUUCUGGCUGGCGCUCGUUCUCUGCCCUCUCAUCUGGACGCUGUUCUUUUUUAACACCCUGUUUUCCCUGAAGCUGAAAUGGCUGGCCCUGGUCAUCGCUGGAAUUAUCCUUCAAGCUGCCAACCUCUACGGGUUUGUCCGGUGCAAAGUGGGAGGGCAGCCUGGCAUCCCCACGCCAGCUGCUUCUUCUCCUGGGCAGCAGUUUCCACAGAGGUCGGACAUUAUAUUUGGAGAACUAUAGAUAAAAGAAAAUCUGGAAAAAGAACGCAGCUUCCAACACAGAAGCGCAUCAGUUUACUAAAAGAGUGCUAAACUUUCUGCCCAGUCUGUU